AUGAAUUCACCUUACACAGCUGUGCAGUAUUACCCAGAGUUUCCCUUUCAUCGACUCAGGGACCCUCCAUCUCGUUUGUCCUGGAGAGAGAGCUCAUUCCUCACCACCAUGUCCCAGAAUCAGUCAGCACAGACGACUGACUCCUUCAGCCAAGAUGUAUUCAACCAGCUGUUUGAUAUGCUGGACCAAUCUGCCAUUCAUUCAGUCCAGCCCAUUGAGCUUAACUUCACAGACAGUCCAAUUGAUGGGUCUGCAGGAAACACCAUUCAGAUCAGUAUGGACUGCAUAACCAUGCAUGAGCCAGAUGAGACGCUGACUUCGCAGUAUACAAACCUGGGGCUCCUGAACAGCAUGGAUCAGAACAUUCAGAACGGGGGCUCAACCUCUACCAGCCCCUACAACAACGACCAUGCACAGAACAACGUGACAGCACCGUCACCCUACGCCCAGCCCAGCUCCACCUUUGACGCCCUUUCUCCCUCACCGGCCAUCCCAUCCAACACAGAUUAUGCUGGGCCCCACACCUUUGAUGUGUCUUUCCAGCAGUCUAGUACAGCAAAGUCUGCCACCUGGACGUACUCAACAGAACUCAAGAAGUUAUACUGCCAAAUUGCCAAGACAUGUCCCAUCCAGAUCAAAGUCCUGACCACCCCACCACAGGGCGCUGUCAUCAGAGCCAUGCCUGUUUACAAGAAAGCCGAACAUGUGACCGAAGUGGUGAAACGCUGCCCGAACCACGAGCUGAGCCGCGAGUUCAACGACGGUCAGAUAGCUCCACCGAGCCAUCUGAUCCGUGUGGAGGGUAACAACCACGCCCAGUACGUGGAGGACACCAUCACUGGAAGGCAGAGCGUGUUAGUUCCUUACGAACCUCCCCAGGUGGGGACAGAGUUUACCACUAUUUUGUACAACUUCAUGUGCAACUCGAGCUGCGUGGGCGGAAUGAACAGACGCCCAAUUCUUAUCAUCGUCACUCUGGAAACCAGAGAUGGUCAGGUAUUAGGCCGCCGGUGCUUCGAGGCCAGGAUCUGCGCCUGCCCGGGCCGAGACAGGAAGGCAGACGAGGACAGCAUCCGCAAGCAGCACGUAACGGACGCCACAAAGGGCAAUGACGGUAUGAAGCGCCCCUUCCGCCAGGUCUCCCAUGGCAUACAGAUGUCCACCAUCAAGAAGAGAAGAUCUACAGACGAGGAGGUUUUUUGUUUGCCUAUCAAAGGCCGUGAAAUUUAUGAGAUUUUGGUAAAAAUCAAAGAGUCUCUGGAACUCAUGCAGUUUCUGCCGCAGCACACUAUAGAGUCGUACAGGCAGCAGCAGCAGAAUCUCCUUCAGAAACAGACUUCAAUGCCGUCUCAGCCCUCCUACGGCUCCUGCUCCCCUACUCACGGAAAAGUCAACAAGCUGCCCUCUGUCAGCCAGCUCAUGAACCCCCAGCAGCGUAACACACUCACCCCAUCCAGCAUGUCUGGAGGCCUGACUGACAUGACUCCUUUGAUGGGCACUCACAUCCCCAUGAACGCUGACAUGAGCCCACUGAGCCCCACACACGCACUGCAGCCACAGCUACCCUUGGUGCCUUCCUCCCACUGUACUCCCCCUCCUCCAUACCCAAUGGACAGCAGCAUCUCCAGCUUCCUUAUACGGCUGGGCUGCACAGGCUGCUUGGACUACUUCACAGCACAAGGCCUAACCAACAUCUACCAGAUUGAGAACUAUAACAUGGAGGACCUGUCCAGGCUGAAGAUCCCUGCGGAGUACCAGCACAUCAUCUGGAAGGGCAUCAUGGAACACCGUCAGGCCAUGGAUUUUUCCCCACCUCCCCACAUAGUGCGCACCACCAGCGGGGCCUCCACCGUCAGCGUGGGCUCCUCAGAGGCCCGAGGAGAACGCGUCAUUGACGCUGUGCGCUUCACCCUACGCCAGACCAUCUCCUUCCCACCGCGCGAUGAGUGGUCCGACUUCUCCUUCGACCUGGAUUCUCGCCGCAACAAACAGCAGCGCAUCAAGGAGGAGGGAGAGUGAGACGACCCGUCUCCUUCUCAAUGUUCCCAUUUCUCAUUUCACGCCUUCAGUUGGAACAUUUCAUUUGAAAACCUGGUAUUAGUGCAAAUACUGCUGAGAACAAACUACAUAUUCAAAUAGAAAUGCACUUAUUUUCAUUGUUCUGGUUCUUAUCACUGAGGAGAAAUAAACGGUGCAUUUUAUUAUGUUGUAAUUUCUUGAGAGCACUUAAGAAAUGCUGAGGAUUUCUAGAAUGCUUUGAGUUUUUAAGUGUUCAUGAUUCAUUCCCAUGUUAAAGCAUGACUGGAAACAAAGCUUGCAUUAGAGGGCUUAUUAGGGCUUAUAUUUCUGCUAUGGGCCAUAGCAAAAGUGUAUUUCAAUUUGUAAUAGACUUCUAAGUUUUCACCAUUGUGGUUGUACAAGUUAGUCGAGUACACUGGUUUUCGUCUGUGGCAGAAGUAAGCAUUGAUUGUAUACAUUUCAAACAUUUCCUGUCAGAAGUAUUAUGUCAAUUGAUGGGCAAUUAGUUUUUCUGCUGUACUUCUAUAUUUUGCUUCAUGUCUGUUUUGAGACCAAUACAUUGCCCUUAUGUGUCAGCUUGUGAAGUAUGCGUGUUUAAGUGACAGAUGGUCAUUCAUUUGAUGUAGCCAUAUAUAGGCCUAAUGCUCUUGACCCUGUGUUUUACAGUAAAAUAAUAUGAUGACUGAUGUCGUUUUGUUUGUUGUUCUUGUCUUACUGCUGUGCGCAAGUGGUUGUGAUUGCAUUUUAAGAGCGGGCUUUUACUCUUGCAGUGGAUGCCUAGUACAAGUAUUUUUUCUACUCAUGAACCAUGUUUUGGUAGAGGUUUAUUUCAUUUGAUAACUGGCCAAAACCUAUGAUUUAAAUGUAUAUAAAUUUGUAUAGUUCUCAUCUUGAAAGUCUCCCUAAAGAAAAUGCAUUAUUUCAUCAUCAUGGAACAAAGCAUACUGAUGUGAAUAGAAUAAUAAGAACAAUGUCUGUAUUCAUUCAAAAGCGUGCACACAGUAUGCGUGUAGCCUACACUAGCCCAUGUUCAACGUUGUUUCAAGUAGCCAGCAUUGUUAGAAGCAGACACCAUCUGCAUUUUCAUAUUUUUUGUAUUGUAUGUAUUGUAAAUAUGUUGCAAUAUACUGUGGGUAUUUUGAUAUAAAUCUGAAAUAAAUAUCCAUACUUGCUGUAUUGCAUGUUAAUA